AAAGUUAUACAGUUGGCAGCUCUAGCAGCUGUCAAACAGGUUUCCAUUCAUUAUCAGAGUUCUCACCUAAUCAUCGGUCGGUGUGUCAUUUAUACGAUUGUGUAUAUUUCCAAUUACCCAGCAUUUCACGUUUGUUUUUUCCCCUCGCUGGGAUGUUUACAAACUAAUCUGCCAACGUCGCGAUUCACCUUGCUUUCGGGAAGCAUCCAUCGCCGUACCGUUGCAGUACUAGAACAACGCAAUAAGUCGGAUGUAAAACGACACCAUGUCGCUCCGCAAUGGUGUUCACGUACGCUGGGCCUUUGACCUAGCUAGUUGGCGACCGAGCUUGACGGAUAUGCUGCUGGCGACGGCAUGCAUCCAGCCGGAGGAGAAGGCCCGGCUGGCGAAAUUUGUAUUUCGCGAUGAUUUCAACGCUUCGCUGAUCGGGCGGUUGAUGAUGCGCCGGUUCGUCCAUCUGGCUACUGGGCUGCAGUACGAUGAGAUCCAGUUCGAUCGAGAUCUGAAGGGCAAACCGUUCCUGAAGAACGAAGGCUACGUGAUCGAUUUCAACGUGUCACAUCAGGGGCGUUAUUCGGUGCUGGCAGGGCUGGUGACAGCUGGGGAUGGGUUGACAGAUGGACGGGUGGCAAAGAUAGGUGUUGAUGUGAUGAAAAUUGAGUACAGCGGAGGAAAACCGUUGGGGGAGUUCUUCAGGCUGAUGAAUCGAAACUUUUCCGAUGACGAGUGGCGGUAUAUAAAGGGGCAAUCGAGCGAAUCGGAACAGUUGCAGGCAUUUAUGCGAAAUUGGUGUUUGAAGGAGAGCUAUGUUAAAAACAUUGGCGUUGGGAUUACGGUUGAUUUGAGGAAGAUAAGCUUCUCGAUCGGAGGCAAGGUGCUAGAUACAACGAAAGUUGUCUGUGAUAGUAAGCUGACGCUGAAUGAUGAGCUGCUAAGGAACUGGCGUUUCGAAGAAUCUCUGAUCGAUAAAGAUCACUGCGUGGCGGUUGCUUUGGAGAAUUUUGCUCUCGAUACCGAUCUGACAGAGAACUGUUUCGAAAUUAUUGGUUUUGACACACUGGUGGAAGGGCAUAAGCCGCUUUUGGCAAUCGACGAAAACUACUGUGGUGGUAUUAUUAAUAAGGAAUAUAAGAGAGCUAAAUAAAGAUGAUUUAUAUAACAUUCUAUA